UGUGUUAAGUGGAUGAAGAAACAUAAAUGUAAUAGUGUAGUGUUAAGUGGAUGAAGAAACAUAAAUGUAAUAGUGUAGUGUUAAGUGGAUGAAGAAACAUAAAUGUAAUAGUGUAGUGUUUGUUGUGUUUGUAUUGCACUGUCUGUCCUCCACUGUUGAGUGUUUCGACGCCGGGCACGCUACAUGACGUCAUCGUGGGAGUGUUCCUCCACAGGGAGAGAUGAACGCUCACCAACACAAUCCUCUCAGCGCCCACCAUGUGAUUUUUCUAAAUGUCCACGGAGACAGCUGACUAAAAGACCAAAAGCCACCCCAUAAGAUUUUCCUUUGGAGGACCCAAGAGGAGGUGGUGUUCUCUUGGAUUAUUAACCCCUGUCCUGUGUCUGCAUGUCCACACAUUGUUUGCUGAUGACCACAUCUGCAGCCACUUGUGCUCUGUGAGCCAGAAGAGGAGAGGCUGCGCUCAUGACAAGCAUGACAUUGAGCCAAGCCACUGAUGCAUGCCUACUCAAAAAGUUCAACUGGGAGGGGGGGUGUCGACGCUGCGUAGCUAGUCCCGUGCACCCCCCAAGUAGCACUGGAGGCUUCUAAUGGAUCAGGGUUGUAGUGAGCAGUGUGCAGAGGAAGCGGACUCAGGAGGCCGGGCAGAGCAGGAGGGCGGCAGGAGGGCGUCAGAGUCGGAGCAUGGUUUGUCCAAAAUCACCCACAACGCCCUGGAGAACAUGGGAGCGUUGGGCCAUGGCCUGAAGCAGCUCUUCCAGCCGCAGCGCAGACGCUCCUCUGUGUCCCCGCAAGACACAACCGCGUCCUGCGCCAGUGGCGCCCCUCCUCCCGAACCCACUGCCGAGACCAUCACAGAAGGCGGGGACAGUCGGGCCCCCUCGGCUCUCUCCGCGGACUCUGACGGACCUGCCGCUUCCGCCCCUCCCGCAGCUCUGAGUCGCGUCCUGCAGCAGAUCCGCGGUGCUCCGCCAAUGAUGAAGCGAGGCACCAGCUUGCAGAGCCGCCGCAGCAAGGUGGCGAUCACCGGGGAUGCCCCUCAGAAAGGUAGCCCCCAGAUACACCGGCGCAGCGCCCACGAGGCCCUGCUGCAGGCUGGGCGCCCUCGCUCCUCCUCCACCACGGACACGCCCAGCAGCCCCGCCCUGGCAGACAUGCUGCUCACGUCUGGCUACCACUCCACUGAGGAGCCUGACAAGCUGGAUCGUUACGACGGAUCGGGCGCCGCCGUCUCGCCCAAUACCGUCUCCAGCAGCGCAGACGGCUAUGACGUGGUCGACAGCACACCGGACCCCCAGCGCACAAAGCAGGCCAUUGCACAUCUCCAGCAGAAGAUCCUCAAACUCACAGAGCAAAUCAAAAUCGAACAGACGGCGCGUGACGACAACGUGGCCGAAUACCUGAAGCUGGCCAACAACGCGGACAAGCUGCAGAGCGUGCGGAUCAAGCAGGUGUUUGAGAAGAAGAACCAAAAGUCCUCACAGACCAUCCAGCACCUGCAGAAGAAACUGGAGAACUAUCACCGCAAGCUUUGCGAGGUGGAGCACAACGGUAUCCCGCGUCAGCCCAAAGAUGUUUUGCGAGACAUGCACCAGGGCCUCAAAGGUGUUGGCGCCAAGGUGACAGGCGGCCUCUCCACCAUUUCCCAAGCCACUCAUUCAGCAGCUGGAGCUGUGGCGUCCAAGCCCAGAGAAUUUGCAUUUCUCAUCCGCAACAAGUUUGGCAGCGCCGACAACAUCGCGGCGCUAAAAGACUCUCUAGACGAGACCCAAGGAGACGAGGGUGUGGUCGGCCCCGGGGGGAUAAGGACCCUCCCUACGGGGCAGAUGCAGUCCAGUCCAAAGUACGGCAGUGAGGACGACUGUUCCAGUGCUACAUCUGGUUCCGCAGGGCCCAACAGUACCACGGGAUGUCUGGGGGGGCCCCCGAGCUCCAGGGGGAACACACUAGAUCCUUCGCAGGCAUCGGGCUUUGAGGCUCUACUCCACGAGCUCCAAGAGCUGCGGGACAACCAGGGACGACUUGAGGAGUCCUUUGAGACUUUAAAGUCGCACUAUCAGCGGGACUACACAAUGAUCAUGGAGGCCCUGCAGGAAGAGCGAUUCAGGUGUGAACGCUUGGAAGAGCAGCUCAACGACCUGACAGAGCUGCACCAGAAUGAAAUACUCAACUUGAAACAGGAACUAGCCAGCAUGGAGGAGAAGAUCGCUUACCAGUCUUAUGAGCGAGCAAGAGACAUUCAGGAGGCGUUGGAGGCGUGUCAGACCCGCAUCUCCAAGAUGGAGCUGCAGCUGCAGCAGCAGCAGCAACAGGUGGUGCAGCUGGAGGGUCUGGAGAACGCCACGGCGCGGACGCUUCUGGGCAAACUGAUCAACGUGCUCCUGGCCGUCAUGGCCGUCCUCCUGGUGUUCGUAUCCACGGUGGCCAACUGCGUGGUGCCCCUGAUGAAGACGCGCAGCCGCACGCUCUCCACGCUGCUGCUCGUCGUCCUCACGGCCUUCCUGUGGAGGCACUGGCACGCCUUUUCCGAGUAUCUGCAUCGCUUCCUGCUGCACCCCAGGUGACCUGACGAUGGCGCCAUUCUUAAUUCCAACCAAGGGAGGCUGUGACGCCACAUGUCCACGGCCAUCGCUUCAUCACCCAAGAGGGACAAGAUGGCCGCUCCUUUGGUAUCUUUGGUGCAAUCGUGGCUUUGAGAGAACUGCACACUUGAUUUCUCUCUCCUGAGUGAAUUUGUUUACACGUUUGCGUCGCCCUCCUUUGCAUUUGUAUCGCUUUUAAUCCCAACGUGUAUUUAUUUGUUUUUAACGCUCAUCUGCUGAUCACUUAUAAUUAUUUAUCGCCAUUCCCCCCCCCCCUAAUGUCAGCUUUUAUGACCAACUCAUCCUCAAUUAAGACUCCAUCCAUGGCUCUGGAUCAAAUAUUAUUAUAAAGGGUUUCCUCCCGGAGGCUGGAUGAAUGUGUGCUUCCCACUUUCAAGCCAACUGGAACGUUCCACUGCUGAGGAAGAUGACCUUUGAACUCAACUAACAUACUUGAAGAGCAGUUUCAGUGCUCAAAGACUCAGUGCUUCCGUACUGUUAGUGACAAUGAAAUAGUCAUGAAUCUUUUUUUUAAAGACAAAUAAAUUCCCUGUUUUUAAAGGUG